CCCCUUCCGCCCCCCCCUCCCCCCCCCCCCGCCGUGUCCCCGGCCCCCCCCAUCUCCCCCCCCCCGCCCCCCGGAGGCCCCCGGCAGCGCCGCAUGGAGCAGCCGGCGGCGGGCUGAGCCCCCUGCCCGGAGGGAGGUCUCAUGGUACCAAGUGACGCGUCCCCCCUGUGAGAUUCGCAGCGCCUCAACCUCCUGAGAAGAUGUCAGGGAUGCAGGCUGUUUGGCCGUCCGGUACAGAAUGUAUCGCCAAGUACAACUUCCACGGUACCGCCGAGCAGGACCUGCCCUUUAGCAAAGGAGACGUCCUCACCAUUGUCGCUGUCACCAAGGAUCCCAACUGGUACAAGGCGAAGAACAAGGUGGGCCGGGAGGGCAUCAUCCCCGCUAACUACGUGCAGAAGCGGGAAGGAGUAAAAGCUGGGAUCAAGCUCAGCCUCAUGCCGUGGUUUCACGGGAAGAUCACGCGGGAGCAGGCGGAGCGGCUGCUGUACCCACCCGAGACGGGGCUUUUCCUGGUACGGGAGAGCACCAACUACCCCGGGGACUACACGCUGUGCGUCAGCUGCGAGGGGAAGGUGGAGCACUACCGCAUCAUCUACUCCUCCAGCAAGCUGAGCAUCGACGAGGAGGUCUACUUCGAAAACCUCAUGCAGCUGGUGGAGCAUUACACCACGGACGCCGACGGGCUCUGCACCCGCCUCAUCAAACCGAAGGUGAUGGAGGGGACGGUGGCAGCACAGGACGAGUUCUCUCGCAGUGGCUGGGCCCUCAACAUGAAGGACCUCAAGUUGCUGCAGAUCAUUGGCAAAGGGGAAUUCGGAGACGUGAUGCUGGGGGAUUACCGGGGGAACAAAGUCGCCGUGAAGUGCAUUAAAAACGAUGCCACAGCGCAAGCCUUUCUGGCGGAGGCGUCCGUGAUGACGCAGCUCCGGCACAGCAACCUGGUGCAGCUCCUGGGGGUGAUCGUGGAGGAGAAGAGCGGCCUUUACAUCGUCACCGAGUACAUGGCCAAGGGCAGCCUAGUAGACUACCUACGGUCACGCGGGCGGUCGGUCCUUGGUGCAGACUGCCUGCUGAAGUUCUCCUUAGAUGUCUGUGAAGCCAUGGAGUACCUGGAAGCCAACAACUUUGUCCACCGGGACCUGGCGGCGAGGAACGUCCUGGUCUCCGAGGACAACAUCGCCAAGGUCAGCGAUUUUGGGCUGACCAAGGAAGCCUCCUCCACGCAGGACACGGGGAAGUUGCCAGUGAAGUGGACGGCGCCAGAAGCACUUAGAGAAAAGAAAUUCUCCACCAAGUCGGACGUGUGGAGCUUCGGGAUCCUUCUCUGGGAAAUCUACUCCUUCGGGCGAGUGCCUUAUCCGAGAAUCCCCCUGAAGGACGUGGUACCCCGCGUGGAGAAGGGCUAUAAGAUGGAUGCUCCUGAUGGUUGCCCCACUGUUGUCUACGAGGUGAUGAAGAAGUGCUGGACCUUGGACCCCGGCCACCGGCCGUCCUUCCACCAGCUCCGCGAACAGCUAGUGCAUAUCAAAGAGAAGGAGCUCUACCUGUGAGGCCGGGGUGGGGGAGGAGCUGGGGGGGGCUCACCCACCCCGGCAGCUGAAGGGGACCCACGCUGGGGUUUGGGGGGACGCCGGGGUGUGGGCAUCCCCCCUGCCCGGCCCUGGCAUCAGGAGCAGCCGGGAAGGAGCCCUGGGGGUGCUGCCCCCCACCCCCUGCCACCUCCAAUUCUCCCGGUCGCUUCCAAACUUCCAAAUGAGGGGGUUUUUUUUUGGUUUGGUUUGGGUUUUUUUAAGGUUUUGGGGGUUUUUUUGGUCUCCCAGGCUCUUUUUUUUAUUAUUUUUUGGGGUGGUUUUUUUUUUCCUCAGUUUUGGGGGGGUUUUGUUGUUUGUUUGUUGGUUUUUUUUUUUGGUUGUUUUUUAUUAUUUCAAGCAGGGCCCAGGUGAGCACUGGGCAUUUUACUAAAGUACGAAUCUUAUUUUUUAAUGUAAUUAAAAGAAGAAAAAAAAAAAAAGGAAAAAAAAAAAGAGAGAGAAGAAGGUUAAUAAAAGAAGAAUAAUAAUAAAAUAAACAAGCCAAUGAAACGGACAUAUGAAAAGGAAACCCCAGCGACAGAAGUGAUGGUUAAAGGGGAGACGCUGGACUCGCUGCCCAGUCGGGAGAGCACGGCCGCGUCCCCGCGAGACGCUUUUUUUUUUGGGUUGUUUUGCUUUAAAUUCGUUGCAAUGUUUGCAUGCUGUCUCCAGAGGCCUUUUUUUCCAGUCCUGUCCAGUGCUUUAUUCUCAUGUAAUGCUACCGACUGUGAGAUUAAAACUGUAAUAAAAAAAAAA